CGCUAAGGAAACGUGGCCUUUUCCUCAGGCUCUGGACAAGGGGGAGGGGGGAAAAAAAACAUGGCGGAGAUGGAGAGCCCGCUGCCCGCCGACAAUACCACCCUGAACGAUACCGAAACCAUCGCCGCCAACGCCACGGCCCGGUUCGUGGCGACUCCCGAAGGGUCGGCGGUGGCCUACGGGAGCCUGGUGCUGAUGGCGCUGCUGCCCAUCUUCUUCGGGGCCCUGCGCUCGGUCAGCUGUGCCAAGUCUAAGAAUUCCUCUGAUAUGCCAGAGACCAUUACAAGUCGAGAUGCAGCCAGAUUCCCCAUCAUUGCCAGCUGCACACUGUUUGGCCUUUAUCUAUUUUUCAAAAUAUUUUCUCAAGAAUAUAUCAACUUGCUGCUGUCCAUGUAUUUUUUCAUACUGGGUAUAUUGGCUUUGUCUCACACUUUAAGUCCAACUAUGAAUAAAAUUAUUCCUACCAAUUUACCAAACAAACAGUAUCAGUUGCUGUUCACUCAGGGAACAGGGGAAACAAAGGAAGAAAUAGUCAACUAUGAGUUUGACACAAAAGAUCUCGUGUGCUUGGCUUUGAGCAGUGUGAUUGGAGUCUGGUAUUUGCUGAAAAAGCAUUGGAUUGCCAACAAUCUGUUUGGAUUAGCGUUUGCUCUUAAUGGUGUUGAACUCCUGCACCUUAACAAUGUCAGUACAGGCUGUAUUCUCCUCGGUGGACUUUUUAUCUAUGAUGUAUUCUGGGUGUUUGGCACAAAUGUCAUGGUAACUGUUGCCAAGUCGUUUGAAGCACCAAUUAAGUUGGUUUUCCCUCAAGAUCUUCUGGAGAAAGGACUUGCAGCCAAUAAUUUUGCAAUGCUUGGCUUGGGUGAUAUUGUCAUUCCAGGUAUCUUCAUUGCUCUUCUACUUCGUUUUGAUGUGAGUUUGAAGAAGAACAGCCGGACGUACUUCUACACUAGCUUCUUCGCUUAUGUCUUUGGUCUUGGACUUACCAUUUAUGUAAUGCACACUUUCAAGCAUGCUCAGCCUGCUCUACUGUACCUGGUACCUGCCUGCAUUGGAUUCCCAGUUACUGUUGCUCUGGUUAAGGGAGAACUUACUGAAAUGUUCAGGUAUGAAGAAAAAACUGCCCUGUGUGACAAAGAGCCUUUGGAUGAAGCCACAGACGAUUUGAAAGAAAGCAAGAAGGAACAGUAACUGGAGAGGCCAUGGAUCAAUCAAUUUCUUUUUAAAAAAAAAAGUCCUCACUCCGAACUGCCUGCUUUGUGUUCAAUUCGUGCAGAUACCAUAUUGUACUGACAUGGUCAUGUGUGUCUUGCGUCCCUGGCAACUCAUGGGGAAACAAAAGUAUUUUAUUACAUCAUGCUAGAGUGCUAGUUAUUCAGUUGUUCUUGUGUUUUCUAUGAAUGUGCCAACUAAUUUGUUUUUAAAGAGAAAAAAAUAACCUGAGGGGGUUGCACCAGUGCCUAUCUGUAUUUUUUAAUUUAUUUUGAAUGGAUUAAAUUGAUCAUGACUUUUUGAAUUCAAAGGUGCCAGCAUUUUGUUUUGUUUUACAAAUAAAUGCAGAAAACUGAAGUUUUUAAACAGCUGUACACUAGUCCAUGUUGUAAGAUGUGUAUUUUAAGGGAAAAAAAUACCUCAGCUGUUGUUUUUUAUGUGACUGCUUUGGCUCAUUGUGUGUUUUUAAAAGUGAAUUUGGGGUUUACAUACACCACUUUUUUCAACACGGUGACGAAUGACAAAUUUAUAGCACAUUAUCUUGUGCACAUAGAAUACCCAUUUGGGCUGUUUAAUCAGGCAAUGAUGGGGGAUGAAGUGCUUAUACAUACUGUAGUUUUAUAGAUAAGCUAAAUGCUGGAACUGCUUUUUUUUGUUUAAACUAAUGGACAAUCUUAAUUUUUUUCUGCAUUUGUUUUGCAAACAAAAGAUGAUCUGAGCUCCCUUUUUACAGUGGCAGCAGAUGAGAUACACAGAUUGUUAAUGGCAACUUAAAAGAAAUAUUCUUUGUAGCUUUGAUUCGAACAAGCAGCAUAAAUAUCAACUGAUAUGAAUAUAUAUGUACUAGCCAAUAAUGUGCUGUCUGUCUGACUGUGGCUGAUAUAAUUAAUGUAAGCUUUCACCAUGGGGUUAAAGCAAACAUGUAAGUUUGCUGACUGUGUAUGUUAAUAUCAUGUCUGUAGAAGUGUUUGUGGCUUAUAGAAAGCCAGGGUCUGAUGCAGUGCAUGUAGCAGUCAUUUUAUUUUGCGUUUUGAGUUCUGAUUUCCUUUUCCACAGGAAGGCACUGACUGAUCCCUCCUGUGCCUUGCUCAAGUGAGUUAACCAUGUAUGCUCCUGAACGGUGUGUGUUGUGAAUGGUGGAAGAGGGGUGAAGGGUUUGGCAUCCGAGUCUGUCUGACCCCUACUCUCUCUCUUGAUAGCCAUCUGUUCCAGCUCAGGCACUCAUGCGUUGGUCAGCAUCGCAAUGCUUUUGUCAGUUGGAACGGGAGUUAAAAAAAAAUCCUAGAAUAUAAGUUGUUUUCAAUCUGCAAAACUCUUCUUUCCUGAUCUGUACAUUUCAGUCUCUCUCGACAUAACACAGGCGUAUCUUUAAUUCAAUGAUCUGUUGGAAAAAUUUGUAAUCUUUCCUGGACAGCCUACACAAAGUCUCCACUGCUGCCACCAUAUGUAUCAAGGUAAUUUAGAACGAAUCCUGCUGGUUGUUUUCUCCAUUUAGGAAUAGGCUUUAUGAACGUUUCUCUCUUUCCUCCCCAUCCCCUCCCUGUUUUAACCUCAGCUUUUCUUCAAGGUUCUGCUAGUUUAUCUUUGUCCAUUUACACUCACUUGGCCUACAGAGGGAGCACAACUCAGGACCUCUGACAAUAACAUCUGCUUGGAUGCUUCCCUGCCCAGUGGCACUUUGGUUAUAUAAGAACAUCUUGCAGUGUCACAGGGAUUUUGUUUAUCCUGUCCAUGAUUUUGUUUACCCUUUCCUCCUCUCCCCCUGGUGCAGAGCUUUGUGCUUGGAGGUGCAAGUUGAGCUUUAGAACUUGGAAUGGACCCCCAGGUAGAGUAGAAACGUCAGCGUUUAAAGGACGAUAUACUGUGGUGUGAGACAGAGCAAAAGGCUUUGCUGAGUGAAUGAGGUAAGAUGAUCUGAAAAACCUUCCUCACCAGUAUUUUAUCUUUGUAGGUGUAUUACUCCCAACACCCCACAGUAAAUCAGCACUGGUAUGUUUUCAUAAAUUGAACAGGCCAUUGCUGUAUCAUAAAUGCAGCAUCGCUAGCUUUUAGGAGUUUGCUCUGUAACAAGAGACUGUUGACAGCUGUCACUAUGUUUGCAUUUUUGACGGAUGCUCUAUGUUAGAGUUCAUACCACAUAAUUUCAAAACCCAUGCCUGAUUCCCUCUUGUUUUCCCACUUUUAAAUGUUGGGUUUUGGGAAUCCAGGAGGACUGGGAGUCUUGUGGGUGGAUGGGAAAUCCUGGAGAUGGUUUAGGCAAGACAGGGUAGAUCAAUGGAUGGUGCCCUAACUUUAAAUAUUUUCUGAAAAUAACUACUGAGCUUUGACUUUUCAUAUUUCUUCUCUUUUAUCCCAGUCUACAAAAGUGGCUAAUGAUGUCUCUGAAAAUCACUUGUGAAAAUUAUAAUAGAUCAUUCCAGAUGGUGUGAUCAGCCCCUGCUAAAUUUUCUAGCUCAUGAUAAAAGCUUAAGGUUAAGCUCAUGGUCUAUUUUAAUGUCAACUAUUUACAGGUAACCAUAUUUUAUUUUAAACAUUCAAAUUGUUCAACAUUUGUUCUGAGUAGGAGACUUCCAAUGAAGCAGUAUCCUUUCUGAAUACCCAUGUCUCUACAUGCUCAGUAUUCACGUGUGUAAUUGCAAUGUAACAACACUGACUUAGACUUUGAAAAGUCUGCUCAGUGCUAAAUUUAGAUACUGGGCAGUAACCUGGCCUCACUCUCACUCUCCUGGCUUCUUAAGUUGUCAAUCCAGGGGAAGUGUGGGAAACAUCACUCUUAAUGCAGUACUCGGUGCUUGUGUGAAGCUAUGGAAGAAUACUGGAUGGAAAUUUCACUCAGCAUCUUACUGCACAGCAUCUGAUCAGAAUCUGCUUCAUUCUAAUAUUGGGAGCUCUGUAUUCCUUGCCCGAGUGCUAACACCUUUCCUUGAUGAGGACAAUAUUUUUAAAGUAAAGUGUAUGUAAUCUAGACUCUUACCAGUUCUGUAACAGAAUAAGGGCUGUUGAUGGAGGAGAUCUUAUAGGUGUGAGAAGGGUAUACUGGGGAUUUUUUGUUGUGUAUUUAGUUGAAAGUUGAUUUUAAAAAGGCAAAUUAAUUCUCACAUUUGUAGCUCCUCAGUCUGCUUGAUGUCAUUUGGAUACUCUUCCAUUUGUUGGAGAAGGGACUUCCUCUACCCUCCCUUUGUUCUUAUCCUAAUCAGUGGGUUAGUUACUCCAUGUAUUUUAGACUCAGCUGUCUUUCUCUGGAUUGGAAGUUAGGUGUGGUUAAAAUUUUUUUUAAAACACCAUUCUGUUUCUAACAAGGGGAUUUAAUUUUUUAAAAAUGUUUCUGAACUUUGUUCACAUUCUGGAAUCUGUCCUUCCUUUCCCUCCCUGGCUUUUUCAUUAUUGUAGUAAGACGUGCUUCUCUUGUGAGAAGCUGUGAUCCAUUUGCAAUAAAUUGUGGCGUGCACCACCAUCAAUAUGCAUUAAA